AUGCGAUUCUCCGUGCCGCUGGCUGCCCUCCUGGGCGCCGGCCUUUCUGAGGCUCAGUACCUCAUUAGCGAGAUGAGUUUUGGAUAUGCAGGGCGAAUAAGCUCCGCAGACAACCCUGGCGUCAUCCCCAACUUCGUCGUCUCCGGCCAGCCAACCAAACCCGAGAUCCUCUCCAGCAAGGUCAUCCUCACCCCCGUUGCGCCAGGCAAUGCGCGCGGUGCGAUAUGGAGCGAGCAGCCUUUGAAGCACCCGAACUUCAUCGUCGACGUCGACUUUCGAGCUAGCGGUCCCGAUCGAGCUGGAGGCAACUUCAAUAUCUGGCUGGCAAACCAUGGAAAGGACAUUGGCGCCAAGAGCGUCUACAGCGCGGGCCGGUUUGAGGGACUGGUGCUGGUGAUUGAUUCACAUGGCGGCCAGGGCGGAAUGCUCCGCGGCUUCUUGAAUGACGGGUCGGUGGACUACUCACAGCACCACAGCGUGGAUCAGCUGGCCUUUGGUCACUGCCAGUACAGCUACCGCAACUUGGGACGCCCGUCGCAGAUCAAGAUGCGCCAGACGUCAACCAGCUUCAGGGUCCAGAUCGACGGCAAGACUUGCUUUGAGACUGACCGAGUCAGCUUGCCGACGGGAUACGAUGUCGGUGUGACUGCCUCCACUCCUGACAACCCCGACUCGUUUGAGAUUUUCAAGAUGGUGGUCAUGUCAGAUACUUCCAGCCACGACGCCAAUUCUAACAGUGGUGAUAAUUAUAACAAUAACAACAACAACAAUAACAAUAACAACAACAACAACAAUGGCAACAGCAACAAUGGCAACGGCAACGGCGGCAGCAACAUGCUCUACAAGAAGCAAUCGAGCAGUGGCGAUGAGUCCUUUGUGGACCUUGCCGAUGAAGAGGCCGACGUCUUCCAGACCUCCAAAUCACAGUUCCAGGACCUGCACAACCGUCUCCAGGGCACCAACCAUCAGCUCUCAUCGGUAUACCGCUCCGUCUCCCGCCAUCACCAGAUGGAUGAGCAGCGCCACAAUGAGAUCAAGGAUCUGCUUGCCGCUCUGCAAAGCAAAGUUGAGCUGCUUGAUGAGAUUUCUUCUUUCCGACAACGUAUUGUUGCGUUGGAGAAUGAGGUGCGCAACAUGAACAACGAGUUACACAAGAAGCUCCAGGACAACGAGCGAUCGGUACAGGGUGCCCUGAGGGUCCACCACAACUCUUUGACCCAGCGAGUCGCCGAGAGCGUUCCUGGACAUGGAAAGCUAAUUGCUGUGAUUAUCGGAACUCAAGUCGUCUUGGUGAUUGGUUAUGUGCUAUACAAGCGACGGAGAGCCAAUUCACCAAAGAAGUACUUGUGA